UCCAUAACGCGGGCAGAAUGGUGGACUAUGUACGCAAAGGAACAAACAUGGCGUUGGGAUGUAUAACAAGAGCCUCAUGGUUUCAUCUGUUUUCCUGGGUUCUACUACUUAAUAUGAUGGCAACAGGUUCGGGUGUAUCAAAUUGGAAAAUUCGACUGGCAGGCUCACUGCUAUCCACUGAGGGGCGAGUAGAGGUGUUUAUAGAUGGACGAUUUGGUACCAUCACGGAUUUUGACACGUGGGGCCACAAUGAAGCUCGAGCAGUCUGCAAUCAGCUUGGUUUCCCUGAUGAUAAUGUCGCAUCUCUAGGAGGAGGUUACUACGGUCAGGGGAGCGGGCCGGUCUACUUUUUAAGUGUGAAAUGCCCUGAAGGAGCCAGCGUCUUGGACAAUUGUACUUAUGUCCGAGAGAACACGGAAAACAAUCAUGAGUUCGACGCAGCGGUUACAUGCAAAGCGCCUAUUCGCCUGCAUGGAAGCACGAGUAGUGGACGUUCAAUGAGAGGAAUUAUUCAACUAUAUAAUGAGAAGUGGCUCGAUUUGUGCACAACCAUAUGGACAGAGGCCGAAUCAGAGGUGGCAUGCAGACAACUUGGUUACUCGACAGGGAGUGCCGUUAGGAUAAAUAAUCACGAUACAAACCUACAAUUCUACCAGCGGGACUACAGAUGCAUUGGCGAUGAAGAGGAGUUGGAACAAUGCCCCAGUCAUCGUAACAAUCUAAGAGACUGUCCCUCGCAUAUCUGGUUUCUAACUUGCAGCACGGAGGAGACAGCUACCACUCCUCAGAACGAGUCUACUUUUACACUGUCCACGAUCUCGGGUUCCUUGGUCUUCCUCGUCCUUGUCAUCAUGGUCCUUCUCGGUUACCUCUUCAGCAUAAGGAAAAGAGCUUCCAGACAUCGGCGAUGGAUCACAUUAUCCCGUGGACGGGAGGGGAAUCAACCAAGUGAGAGGGAGAGGAGAAGGAGGAGGACGAGGAGAGUGAGAGGAAGAAGCCAGGGACGUUCAGCACCUAAUGUCAACUCUAUCAGCAACGGACAGCAGGGGAACGACGGCGACUUACCACCUUACUCGCGCCUUGAAGAAGAAGACACACCCCCGCCGUACACGCAGCUGCCAGUACCGCGGAUUGAGAUGCCGGUGGUAGGUAGAGAAGAACGUUACGAGGCGCAGCCACCGCGGUGCACCGAAACCGACGCUAUCGAUUUCUUCCGAGAGCUUGAUGCUGAGCAGCUGCGGUUGCAGUACGAAAACGCCGCGGCUGAACGGUCUCCAUCGCGCUGCGGUCAACAACCGCCACCGGACUAUUUCACCGCGACUCAACUCCCGCAGGAGACACCUUGCUCUGUUAAUCAUCAGACUGAUAUAGACAAUGCUUCAUUAGCUGGUUCAUUAUGUUCUGAUGAUGAAGGAGAUGACAUCUCCCUAUCCAGCUGCCGUAGUCCAAUCCCCGUGAUCCCCAAACACACAGUCAAUUUAGACUCAACUGUGACGUCAGUAGAAGUGUAG